AUGGAGACCUUGCUCCACGCAUAUCACCCAAAGCGUACUCUUCUCCUCCUUGAAUACAUCAACAGGUCCAACAAGGAGGAUCCUUCUGAGAAGCUGUCGUCUCCACCGAAUGUUCUUCUCUUUGUCGGCGGGCUCUACGACAACUUCCGAUGGCCGCGCUACCUCGAUGAUCUGGCAGCCUUGUUUCCGCGCGAUGUGCCAGAUCAGCAAUGGCGGGUGAUGCAAGUACAGCUAUCGAGCAAUGGACGGAGCUGGGGUCUGUUCGAUUUGGAUCGUGAUGUCGAAGAGAUCGCCACGGCGAUAUCCUACAUCCGUGACAAUAUCACUCAGUCUCCGGCUACACCAGUCAUCCUAAUGGGCCAUUCGACAGGCUGUCAAGAUUCCUUCCAUUACCUCGUCUCCCCCAUCUCCCCAUCAUCCCCGCGGCCAAACAUAUCCGGUGCCAUCCUACAGGCCCCUGUCUCUGACCGCGAAGCAAUCCUGCACGAGUUGGAGACCAAUUCUUCCGCCAAAGCCGCGUACGACGCCACUCUUGCCGUCAUUAGAUCCACACCCUUCGAGAAAUACAAGACGACAAUUCUCCCAUUCGACUUGAUGACCCCUCUUUUCGGUCCCUCUCCGGUAUCUAUCUCCCGUUUCCUGAGCCUUGUCUCCCCCGACUCCCCCACCCAGCCGAGCAUGGACGACUACUUCUCCAGCGAUCUGUCCGACGAGCGCUUGAAGGCGACAUUCGGUCAGAUCGGCCACGUCGCACAUCUUGUUCCCCCACCAGCACAGAAAUCCCAGCGCAGCAUCCUGGUGCUCCAAGGCGCAGACGACCAAAGUAUCCCUCCGCACGUGGACAAAGCUGCUUUACUCAGCCGGUGGAAAGCGGCGAUCGAAUCGUCUGGUUCUACCGCCCCGCUCUCGCGGCAUAGCGCAAUUAUUGAGCACGCCACACAUGAUAUUGCAGGGUCGUCUAUCCAAGCAAAGGAAGCAAGGUUAGUGAAAAUGCGGAGCGCAGUUCUGAGAUAUCUGGAGGACACUGUAGGCGGCGUGGGUGACGGUGCUGGACAGCCCGACCAUGAGUAUGCGCCUUGGAAAAUUUGGGAGAGGGAUAUGAAGGCUAUUCAGAAUGAGCGUGAAGCCAACAAAGCAAGAGAAAAGACCGUGGAAGAGUCGAAGCUAUGA